GUAAAGAAUGUGGAAGAUUGUAACAAGUUACAGUUAUCUGCAAUUAUGAUGGAAAAGCAGGUAAAUCAGAAAUUGAAAGACAUGCAGGAACAACGAAGCAUGUGAAUACUAAUGUGAAAACCCUGAAAAACACAAGGAGCAUAUUGGACAUGACAUCCUUUAGUGGAAACAGCAAGAAAGAAAAACUGGUGAAAGAAGGCGAAAUACGGUUAGCGGCUGUUGUCAGUGAGCUGAAUCUUCCCUUUUCAACCGUUGAUCGUCUCCUUCCUGUGAUAAAGGCAAUGUGUCCAGAUUCAGAAAUAGCAAAAAAAUUGAAGUGUGGAAAAAUAAAAUGCUCAGCAAUUGUGAAGAAUGUAUUAGGUAAGAAGGAGCAUGAUGAUUUGCUUGAUCUACUAAGGAACAACUGUUUUUCUUUGAUAGUGGAUGAAUCAACUGACCGUGGCUGCAUUAAACAUCUAGCUCUUGUAGCCAGAGUGGUAACUGUGAAAGGUGUGAAGGAUAUGUUUCUAACGCUUGUUCCUUUGGAAAGUGCCACUGCAUCCAGCCUUCAUGAACACAUAAAGUCUGUGUUCAGAGAAGCUGACAUAUCAUAUAAGGAACACAUGAUUGGAUUCGCUGCUGGCGGUGCCAAUGUGAUGAUGAGGGUAAAUAAUUCCCUUUCAACUCUCCUUAAACAAGAUAUUCCAAAUUUGUUUGUGAUGAAAUGCAUUUGUCACUCUUUUCAUCUCUGUGCUUCAUACGCUUGCAAAAAGUUACCUAGGUCAGUUGAGGAUCUGGCACGUGACAUACACAAUUACUUCUUAUCUCCUAAGCAGUCCAUGGCUUUCAAGGAGUUUCAGGAAUUCGCUGAUGUGAAACCCCACAAGAUUCUACAUCCAUCCCAAACACGAUGGCUAUCGCUCCACAGUGUAGUGAAAAGACUUCUAGAACAACUCCCAGCUUUGAAGCUGUUUUUUGCUCAAGCACUGAUGGAGGGUCGACUGCAAGCAUCUUAGUCCAUCUUUCAAAAACUUAAUGAUCCUCUAAAUAAACUAUAUCUAGAAUUUCUAGAUUAUGUAUUGCCCUUCUUCAAUGAUCUUAAUAAAGAAAUGCAAGCCGAGGAUCCAAAGAUUUAUGCUCUUAGCAGUAGAGUCUCUGCAGUCUUGGCAACUAUACUCGAGUGUUACCUGAAGCCCGGCUACUUAAAGUCAACAGCACUAGCAAACGUGAAAAUCAGAGACCCAGCUAAUUUUCUUCCCUUAGAAGAUAUGUACUUGGGUGGUCAAGUAACUGCAUCACUACACUCGUGCCAUGGUAUCGAGAAACAGGAUCUUACAAACUUCAGGUUAAGAUGUCUUGAUUUUUUUAUUGAGAGUGCAUCACAGCUUCUACACAGAUUUAAUCUGACUGAUCCAUUACUUGAAUCUCUCAAAGCAUUGGAUCCUCAGUGUAUUUUGAAGAAAACCGUCCCAUCCAUUGCCCCAUUAGCAUCACAAUUUCCAAAUCUUGUCCAUGAGAAUGACUUGAACAACAUUGACAAUGAGUGGCGUUUGCUACGGAACACAGAAAUUAAUGUUCAGAGCAACAGUAGUGUUUGGAAGUUUUGGAUGGAAGUAAAGAAAGUUAAGAAAGGUGAUGACACACCCUUGUUUCCAAAGGUGGGAAACUUCAUGACGAAUUUUCUAUGCUUGCCUCAUUCAAGCGCCAGUGUCGAGAGAGUUUCUUCUCAAAUAAAUCUUUUGAAAGCAAAAGCAAGAAAUUCACUUAACACAGACACAUUAAUUGGAAUGCUUCAUGCUAAGAGAACAUUUGAAAAUUCAACAUCAGACAAUUUCAAAAUUACAUCAACACACGUGAACCUGAUGACGGAACACAUAUACGACCAGCAGGAGUAAUCAUUAUGGACACUGGCAACACGAGUAAAUAGCAUUGCAAGUACACGUGAGUAUAAUUUUGUAUCACUGUAUAUAUUAUGCUGAUAUCUCUUACAUAUAUAUGCGUAUAAAUAAUCUUUAAAAAAUAGGUUAGUAGUAAACAGGGUAAUCUUAAAGCAAACAGGGUAAUGUUAAGGGUGAAUUUAGGGUAAAGUUGGCAACUCGACCUGGCAG